AUGGAAGAACUUGGAAUGCAAGAAAGACUUGACGAGGUAAUGAAGCCCAAGGUCAAGUUCAUCACUAUUUCUGGAAGGUCUACACUUCAGCUCGAGACUUCGACUGGAAUUCCAAUUCAAAUACCAGACGGGACAGCCUACGAUGGCAUAAAGGACGCCAAAAGAGAAGCUCUUGUUAAGUUCCUAAACAAACGUCCUUGGAUAAAAAUACCAAACAAGGAGAACCCCCUACCCCAUAUGAAAUUGGCAAUUCAGUCUCUCCUUCAUUUCUCUGGUCAGCCGUUCUACAUAACCUGUGAAGGCGACAUUCAGCCAGUUCAGUAA